UCAAAUAUGGAGCACAUAAGUGAUCCUACAGAUAUGAGGGAGGCCAAUAUGAAAGAAAAGAAAUUGGAUAAAUUGACGUUGUGGUAUCGGGGAGUUAGUUAUAGUCUUGAAGAGGCACAACGCCAGGAGCACAUAUUGGCAGCAGUUGAGCCAAGUCAGAGUGUGAAAAAGCUCACCGUUGAGGGAUACAGAGGUACCAAAUUUCCAAAGUGGCUUCUUGGUGUUGCACAUUUUCUACCCAAUUUAGUGUCUUUAUCUCUAUCGAGUUGCUUCUACUGUGUGAGCUUGCCACCCUUUGGGCAACUACCUUCCCUCCAUAAACUUGAGAUUCAAGGAUUUGUUGGAAUAAAGGUGAUAAGUGAAGAGUUCUAUGGGAAUGGCUCCUUAAUUGCUCAACCAUUUCCUUCCCUCUUAUAUUUAAUGUUUUUGGAUAUGAGAGAAUGGGAAGAAUGGGAUGUAUGUUAUGAAGGUGAAGGUUUCCCAUGCCUUGAAGAACUUUAUAUAUAUGAUUGUCCUAGACUGACAAAGUCUCUGCCUCAACAUCUUCCUUGUUUGAAAAAACUAGACAUUUCGGGAUGUGGGAAUUUGGAGGCCACUCUUCCCAAGUCCUCUUCCAUGGAAAUGCUAUCUUUAAGUAAUUGUAGGAAGAUAUCAGUGAAAGACAUACCCACAUGGAGCAUCUGAUUGGGGUUUGCAUGAGUUGUUGUCUUUGAAACAACUUACUAUUAGUGAUGACGUCAUGGAGUGGUUCCCUGAAGAAGAGAGAUUGUUGCCGCCCAAUCUCCAAUCUCUGUCAUUCGAUUAUUGUACCAAUUUGAGAAGAAUAAACCAUAGGGGUCUUGUGCACCUCCAUUCUCUCACUUCC